AUACCAAGCCGGUACACUCAAUAGAUUGGGUCCCUCAGGCAGACAUUCAGUGUUAUUCAGCCUGGACACGGAAGCAUAAUAUGGACAAUUGAUUACAAACCGGUUUUUCCUCACUGCAUCUUUGUAUAUAGGUAAUUUUUGAGUUCCGAAAUGCAGGUUUAAAUGAAACGUGAAUUGGAAAUAAUGUCUAUGGUGAUCUGGCAGUUUGGACCAUUCAGUCAAUCAUCUAAGGAAUAGCGAUAAUGAAAGUCAACUUUAAAUCUGUGUUUGUCACAUGUGGACUCGGUGCAUUAGUCUGUUUUGUGGUGAUACAUUUUCUUGCGAAUAAUUCACAAGCAAAAUCGAACUCGGCACAAACAUAUUUUGCACAAAUUCUGAACAGAAUUGAUCGAGUAGACCAAGCUGGCAAUCCAUCUGCUGUAAAAUGUGAACGGAAGAAAACAUUCCAACCAUUAACCUUCAAACCAAACGGCGAUAAGACAUUUGACUACAAGAAAAAAAUGGCAGAUUUGAACAGUGCCAAAGUGGACCAAGCCGACCCUCUGUUAGUGGAACUAAUCAGAAACUAUUAUAUAGAACCACCAUCUUUAGAACCAUACAACCUGGAUAACCCCGAUAGACUUGAAUAUUCAAACGGGCAAACUCCUUUUGUAGACAGUAGACUUAACUUCAUGGAAGAUGGAUUUUACAUCGAAUGUGGAGCACUGAACGGCGAGAAAGGUUCAAACUCUUUGUUCUUUGAGAAAGUGAGAAAAUGGAACGGAUUGCUGAUUGAAGGAGACCCGUCAAACUAUGCGAUGUUGAAAUCGAAACACAGAAAGGCGCUGACAAUGAAUGCUUGCCUCUAUCCUCAUACAUAUCCGUCCGAGAUUUCCUUCAACAAAGCUUUUAAUAGGGGGCGUGCCGUACAUGAUGAUAAUGUAAAAACCUGGAUGGCCGAGCAACAUCUCAAACCUGACACUGUUCAGAUGCAGUGCUUUCCCUUAUAUUCAAUCCUGCUAGCAUUGAACCGGACGACUGUCGACUUCUUUAGCUUGGAUAUAGAGGGGGAUGAACUUGGUGUGCUUCAGACAAUUCCGUUUGACAAGGUUAAUAUAAAAAUGCUGACAGUUGAAGUUACCCAUGGUAAAAUAGGAAACAAAUCACUUCAGAAAUUCAUGGAACAAAAAGGCUAUGAUACCCUUCUUAAAGUGUCUAGGGAUGACUUGGGUGUUAAUGAUCUCAUAUUUAGGAAAAAGGGACUAAAGCAUUGAAAUAUAAAGUUGUUUUAUUUACUUUAGUCUCAAUAGAUUUGCGUAUAAAUAAAUGAGAAAUCCAUUGUUAUUAAUGGCAUAUCACCUUUACUGGUCAGAAAAAGCCAAAAGUCCGAAACAGUAAUGGCUUUCCCACGGUAUAUUAAAGCAAAUAUCCGCAAAAUACCUGGCUGUCAAACAUAACCAUCUGUUUAUAAUAAAUAUCUUUCCACAAAAUCUAGCUCCCCACCAUGACUAUCUGUAUUACUAUAGCUGUAUGUCCACACAAACUAGCUGUCAACAAUAACUCGCUGUAUACAAUAAUUGUUUGUCCACAAAAACUAGCUGUCAACCAUAACUAGCUGUAUACAAUAAUUGCUUGUCCACAAAAACAACCUGUUAACCAUAAAUGUUCAUGAUAAUAAGCUGUCAACAAUAACUGGCUGUUACCAUAACAAGCUGUUUAUGAUAAUUGUCUGUCCACAAAAACUAGCUGUCAACCAUGACUAGUUUAAUACAAUAACUGUCUGUCCACAAAAACUAGCUGUCCACCCUUACUAGCUGUUUACAAUAACUGUUUGUUCACAAAUCUAGCUCCCGAUCAUAACUAUGUGUAUACAAUAGCUGUAUGUCAAUAAACACUAGCUGUCAACCAUAACUAGCUGUAUAUAAUAAUUGUCUGUUCACAAAAACUAGCUGUUUAACAUAACUAGUUGUAUACAAUAACUGUCUGUCCACAAUAACUAGCUUUUAAUCAUAACUACCCGUAUACAAUAAUUGUUUGUCCACAAAAACAAGCUGUCAACCAUCACUAGCUGUAUACAAUAACUGCCUGUCCACAAAAACUAGCUGUCCACCUUAACUAGCUGUUUACAGUAACUGUUUGUCCACAAAAGCUAGCUGUCAAUCAUAACUAGCUGUAUACAAUAAUUGUCUGUCCACAAAAACUUACUGUCCAACAUAACAAGCUGUUGACGAUAAGUGUCUGUCCACAAAAACUAGCUCUCAACCAUGACUACAUGUAUCUGUUUUAAUAACUGUCUGUCCACAAAAACUAGCUCUCAACCAUGACUACAUGUAUCUGUUUUAAUAACUGUCUGUCCACAAAAACUAGCUCUCAACCAUGACUACAUGUAUCUGUUUUAAUAACUGUCUGUCCACAAAAACUAGCUGUCAACCAUGACUACAUGUAUCUGUUUUAAUAACUGUCUGUCCACAAAAACUAGCUCUCAACCAUGACUACAUGUAUCUGUUUUAAUAACUGUCUUUCCACAAAAACUAGCUGUCAACCAUGACUACAUGUAUCUGUUUUAAUAACUGUCUGUCCACAGAAACUAGCUGUCAACCAUAACUAUCUGUUUUGAUAAAUGUCUGUACACAACAGCUAACCGUUAAACAUAACUAGCUGUUUACAAUAACUGGGUGUACACAAAAACUAGCUGUUAACCAUGAAUGUUCAUGAUAAUAAGCUGUCCACAAAAGCUAUCUGUACAUCAUUACGAUGAGUCCACAAUAACUAGCUGCAAACCUAGCUAGCUAAUCACGUGUAUGCAACGAAGGUAUGUUGGUUAUACAUAAUUGAUUAGGACUUUUGCCUUGAAUUUGAUAAGUUAUUAGUCCAGUUGAGGUUUGAUGAUUAGGAGUGAAUUGAGUGAUCCCGAUUCAAUGAAAAUUCAAGGAAGUUUUAUAAGAGUACAACGUAUCGAAAUAUAUAGCACUUUAAUCUCCAAAGAGUAACCUAGCAGCCUUGUAACAAUGGAACUAAACUAUGGUGUUGAUUUACCAGCAAUGGCUGUAGAUGUUGUUCGAGUUAUAAUUUUUAAAGUGUCGUUUAUCUGUUGUCAUUCCCUGAAUAAAUAAUUGCGAAUGAUAAAGUAUAGAGCGUUGUGUUGGGGCAAAGCAGUGCAAUAUGCAGUGACAUGCUGUUUUAUCACUUAAUCGAUACUAAACAUGCCUCCGUAAUCAAAUUAUUUCUGUGAAGGAGACAGAUUUGGUUGACAUAACAUAAAACAUGGGAAGGUUGUGAUAAGAGAUUGUUAAGUUCUAAAUCGAUCCCGAUUUUGCUGAAAUUACUACAUGUAGUAUAAUGCACACUGACACGGUAGAAAAAGGUAGAAUAUCAACAUUUAUAUUUUUUUUAUCGUGGAAUCACAUAAUGAAAUUAAUUCUUUUGUCUUUGAGAGGAUUGUGAUAUCCAUUAAUUUAACCCAUAUUUAUAGAUACAAUUUUGAGGAAUCGAGAUCAACGAUCAACACAUUUAAGCAGAAAAUUGAAACAAUCCUUCAAAUUUAAUUGAACAAUAACGGUAGACCCUUGGUCCAUGUCAUUAGAUACAAAUACACAGAGUAUUAUUGUCAAAUAGAAAAGUGUAGACACAGAAUAAAGUGACAUUCCUAUCCCGGUAUUUCUAGUUAGGUUGUCAGAUUACACUGUGGUACCACACCCGCCUUAUUGCCCGAUCGUAUGAUGAAAGGUAUGGGGGUCACCUAUCUAGCCAUAUUUCUCUACACACUCCCGGUUUCUUCUCACAGUAGGUCCUUAGUAGGGCUAACAAGAGUAAUUAAUAUAUGUUGAAAGGUAUGGGGGUCACCUAUCUAGCCAUAUUUCUCUACACACUCCCGGUUUCUUCUCACAGUAGGUCCUUAGUAGGGCUAACAAGAGUGAUCAAUAUGUGUUGAUAUUACUAGAUAUGUGCACUUGUUGUAAAAUAAAUAAAGUUCAGAUAACGCUUACUAUGUUAUCGAUGUUCAAACACUAAA